AAUUGACUGCUGCAGUUGCUGCACUUCUUAUACUUCUCCUAAUAUGCCUCUAUCGCAGUUUCGCUGCCGUGUCUGUAAGAAACAGAAAGAAAAUGAUUUAUUUACUCGCGGUCGCACCUGUAGUGACUGCUCAGUACAGUCUUCAUACCCCUAUUGCUUCUUCUCUCCAUAUGCUAAUGGGAAUUUUGCUCCUUAGGCCUGUGGCAAGAGGUUUUGGUUCACUCCUACAGGUGUAUAUUCCCCUUCUCCUUCUGUGAGUCCUUCAUCUCUGGCAGUUGCUGCUGUUCCUACAGCUGUUCCCUGUUGCUAUGGUUGCCCUUGGUUACAUUCCGCAACUCCUGAGCCUGAGCCUGUCCCUAAUGGCCGCCCUUGCCUGCAUCCAUAAUCUCCAGAGCCAUUGCCUACUAUUGCAGCCUGUUUGUUGGUGCUCCCUCUUGCGUUUUGGUCUUGCUGUGAUUAUUAGAAAACCUCAGAUCUGGGCUGUAUGGAACAUGCCUGCUGCUAUUAUAAGGCUCUAUAUUGGAUUGCAGAGUAUAAGCAGGGUUCCUUUGUUACUUCUCCUAUCUUUAUAAAGUGCUGUUUGCAAGGCAAAGUGUAAUUAGAGCUGUUUUAUUCCCCUCCUCAGUCUCUGUGUUCCUAUCUUACAGAUAUCACUGCUGAG